AUGGAUUUCGCAAAGCAGCACGCAGAUAUCUUCGGCGAGGACGAUGACGAUGAACCCACCAACCAAGACGGAGGGACCCAUUCCUCCUCCCCCUCCUCCUCCUCAUCCUCCUCCUCUUCCUCGUCUUCUUCAUCCUCCGCCGCUUCCUCUUCCGGCAGCGAGAAAGCCCAGUCCAGCAGCGGCAAUAGCCGAAGCGGGGCCACCACCGGCGGCUGUGGCGCCGCUGAGGAUGAGGAGGAGCACGGCGAAGAGGCCACCACGAACAAUGAGUAUCACGAUAGGGCCGAUUUUGGGGACGAUGAUAAGGAUCUGUUUGGUUCUGAUAAUGAAGAAUACACUAGAACCCCUGCUACUAGCCCUUUCCUUAUUCCUGUGUUGCCUGUGAUACGGAAUAAUAAUCAUAAUCAGGGAAGAGGGGGUUUUGGGCGUGGUGGUCGAUGGCAACCCGGGCAUCAGAAUGACAGAGGAGCUGGCAUUCUUCCCCGACCUGGACCUUAUCCGCAGAGGGGGCAUAAUUAUGGCUAUGGGAAGUUCUCGAAUGGUCGUCAUGAUGAACGUUUCGUUUCUGAGCUGAGACUGUCAAAGAGUGAAGAAACGCUGUCGAGAAAGGUUAUUCAGAUUCAGGAACCAUGUGAACUUGCUUGCUAUAGUCGGGUAGAAGGGGGAGAUGUCAUCUUUGAUGAGAGCAGCUUGAGGCUUUUCAAGCGGCUUAUUACUGAAGAUAUUGGAGCCGAUCUUAAUCAAGGCUUUGAUACUUUCACAGCAAAGAAUGAUUUGGGCUCUCAAGGUUUUGGUGAUCUUCUUGCCUGCAUCAGAGACAAGAAUAUUCCACUUCAAAAUAUUCAUUUUGUGACUUAUCGCAACAACCUUAAUAAGAUAUUAGCCACUGCUUAUAUUCGGAAUGAGCCUUGGGAAAUGGGAGUGCAUAAAAGGAAUGGGGUUGUCUAUCUUGAUGUACAUAAACUUCCAGAAAGGCCACAAAAUGAAAUGGAUCGUCGAAGGUGUUACUGGGGAUACUGUUUUGAGAGUCUUGCCACUGAAGAUCCAGGAAGAGGUGAUGGAGAGUUGAUACAUCACGUAGAUGCCAAUAUUGAAUACUGUUCAGUAAUUAAAACCAAAUUGGGGGCUCAUCGUAUUCUGAUGGGCGCUGAAAUGGAUUGCUGUGAUUCAACUGAUGAUGGAAGGAGAUUUUACGUGGAGUUGAAGACAAGUCGUGAGUUGGAGUAUCAUACCGAGGAAAGAUUCGAGAGAGAGAAGCUCCUCAAGUUUUGGAUUCAAUCAUUCUUAGCAGGCGUGCCCUAUAUUGUAAUUGGAUUUAGGGAUGAUUCAGGUAGACUUGUCCGCACAGAGAGACUAAGAACCAAAGAUAUAACACAGAGAGUGAAAACGAAGAACUACUGGCAGGGAGGAGUUUGCUUGGCAUUUGCUGAUGAGGUAUUAUGCUGGCUGUAUGGAACAGUUAAAGAGAAUGAAGAUUACAUAUUGCAGUUUGCUCCUCCUUUCCAGCGUUUGGAGCUUCUACAAGCUCAAUCUUGCCCAGAGGCAAUCACUAACCAUGUAGAGCAAUUAUAAAAUUUGACAACGGUGAAGCACAGACCAAAAUGGGGUGAAGCAUAGACAUAAUUUAAACUGUUUUUCCUCCGCUCCAUCGUUUCUGCUUCUUUAUACUAGUUGUCACUUUUGUGGCACAAAACUAACAGUCAUCCUAUGAACAGCUACCACAAAAUGCCUGUUACAUUGAUAACCCUUUUUUGUUCCCUCAAUAGUCAGUUGAUUGUAAUGUGACCAAGGUCACCAAUUGAUAGGAAAUUUAUACAGUACUAGUGUAUCUUGUUUUUCAUUUCCCCCUAUAUUAUAAGUGCAAAAACAUUCGCAGUAGGCUGCCAUCAUUUCAAACUGCUUAUCACGCAUUUCCCCUCUAAGGAUAUGACACUGCUCUUGUUAUCUCGCUUCUCACCAUUCGCCAAACCAUUACACCUUCUUUUACCGGGC